GUCAAAAUCAAAAGAAAAAAAAAAUGGUUGAUUGAUACAAAAGACUUCUUUAAGAUAUUUUGGAGAAAUCGAUUAACCAUAAUGGCGAUCUCCGGCGCUGUUGAUGAAGCCGGAACUCCACUUCUCGCUGUAACCGUCGACGGAUCCGUCGACUUCAGAAGCAAACCCGCCGUUAGAUCUUCCUCCGGUGGCUGGAGAUCUGCCGGAUUCAUCAUCGGUGUGGAGGUGGCUGAGCGAUUCGCUUACUACGGGAUAUCGUCGAAUCUGAUUACGUAUUUGACGGGGCCACUAGGACAAUCGACGGCGGCUGCGGCGGCUAACGUGAACGCUUGGUCGGGAACGGCGUCGUUGCUUCCUCUCCUUGGUGCUUUUGUCGCUGACUCGUUUCUUGGUCGUUUUCGCACAAUCCUCGCCGCCUCUGCUCUCUAUAUAUUGGGGCUUGGUUUAUUGACGUUAUCUGCAAUGAUUCCUUCAGACUGCAAAGUUUCGAAUCUACUCUCGUCAUGCUCUCCUAGAUUUCAAGUAAUCACAUUCUUUAGUGCCCUGUAUCUAGUGGCGCUAGCUCAAGGCGGUCACAAGCCGUGUGUUCAGGCUUUUGGAGCGGAUCAGUUUGAUGAAAAGGAACCUGAAGAGUGCAAAGCAAAGAGUUCUUUCUUUAAUUGGUGGUAUUUUGGUAUGUGCUUUGGGACGUUAACAACUCUAUGGGUCUUGAAUUACAUCCAGGAUAAUCUAAGUUGGGCCUUAGGCUUUGGUAUUCCAUGCAUUGCUAUGGUAGUUGCUUUGGUUGUUUUCUUGCUUGGAACCUGCACUUAUCGGUUCAGCAUUCGAAGAGAAGAUCGAAGUCCUUUUGUGAGGAUUGGAAAUGUUUAUGUAGCGGCUGUAAAGAACUGGAGUGUGUCAGCUUCAGCUGUAGCUGCUGCAGAGGAGAGACUUGGUCUUGUGUCUCGCAAUAGCUCACAGCAAUUUAGUUUUCUCAACAAAGCUCUGGUCGCAAAGACUGGUUCUUGUAGUAUAGAUGAACUCGAAGAAGCAAAAUCAGUGCUUAGGUUAGCUCCGAUAUGGUUAACUUGCUUGGUUUAUGCGGUUGUGUUUGCGCAGUCUCCAACUUUCUUCACCAAACAAGGAGCCACGAUGGAGAGAUCAAUCACACCUGGUUACAAGAUCUCUCCGGCUACCCUCCAGUCCUUCAUCAGCCUCUCUAUAGUCAUCUUCAUCCCCAUCUACGACCGUGUACUCAUCCCAAUUGCAAGGUCGUUUACACAUAAACCAGGCGGAAUCACAAUGCUUCAGAGAAUCGGCACAGGCAUAUUCCUCUCUUUCCUUGCUAUGGUAAUAGCCGCUCUAGUGGAGAUGAAAAGGCUUAAAACUGCUGCGGACUACGGACUCAUCGAUUCGCCAGACGCUACGGUUCCAAUGAGUGUGUGGUGGUUAGUUCCUCAGUAUGUUCUCUUUGGCAUCACGGAUGUUUUCGCAAUGGUCGGUCUUCAAGAGUUCUUCUAUGACCAAGUCCCGAAUGAGCUGAGGAGUGUGGGAUUGGCUCUGUACUUAAGCAUAUUCGGUAUUGGCAACUUUCUCAGCAGUUUCAUGAUAUCAAUCAUUGAGAGAGCGACAAGCCAAUCUGGUCAAGUGAGUUGGUUCGCAAACAACCUGAACCAGGCUCAUCUCGAUUACUUUUACUGGUUACUCGCUUGUCUCAGCUUCAUUGGCUUAGCCUCCUACUUGUAUGUUGCAAAGUCUUACGUCUCUAAAAGGCUCAACACCAGUUAAACCCAAAAUCUCUCGUUUAAAUGUCGCAGGUACUCUCUUUCCCUCUCUUGUGUACUUCUUGAAUACACUUUAAUCAUACCAAUCAAUGUAUAUUUUUUCAUGUUUGGUAUAAAGUCUUUUCAUAA